AUGGCUAUGGACAUUCGGCAAGAACGAAGUCCUACGGCUGAUGUUGUAGUCGAACGAGAAAAGAAAGCCGCCAUGCCGCUGCCACAAUGCAAGUGCUCAGUCCAACCCAGCGAACAGUGCCCGCCUGGCCCUCCUGGGCAACCUGGAUUCAAGGGAGAAGACGGAAUACCAGGAGUGCCCGGAGCCCCAGGUCCCGAUGGUGUUGGUGCUGAAUCAUAUGCGAUAUACUUUCAGAAGGAUUGCGUGAAGUGUCCUGCAGGAAAACCUGGCCGCCGAGGACCACCUGGAAGACCCGGACGCCGCGGCAGGGAUGGAUUUCCCGGUGUACCUGGUGUGAGCAAGACUGCACGAGGAAAACCGGGGCCACCAGGCCCUCGUGGAGAUCGUGGAGCACCGGGAGCGAAUGGCCCAAUCGGACCUCCAGGGAAGCCUGGACGUGAAGGAACACGUUGGCUGCCUGGAAUGCCGGGUCCACGUGGUCCUCCCGGGAAAGCAGGUCCAGCUGGGGCUACUGGUAAGCCUGGUGUUGCUGAAGAAGGACCAGAUGGUCUACCUGGUCCACCAGGCAAACAAGGCAGGCCUGGCAUGCCAGGUCCAAUGGGCAAGCCAGGGAAGCCUGGUAAACCUGGAAUACCUGGACUUGAUGCCGAAUAUUGUUCUUGCCCUGCACGUGGGAUUUACCGAGUUGCAGAAGUGGAUGGAUUCAAAGAAGACGAGAUAUCAAGCCAGGAACCAAUCGUUCAUCCAUCGUCGACUCAACAAUUUGAACCUCAAGAACGGGUCGGAUAUCCAGAAACAUAUGAAGUACCACCAGGAGUUGCAAGACGGCGUCUGAGACAUUUAUAG